CACUUUCAAAUCCAAAAGAAUUUGAUUCCAAACAAAGCCAUCUUUGACUGAUUUUAGUUAAACCCACCUUGGAUCUUACUCCACUCUGUGUCUCCAUCAUCACCAAAGAAAUACUCCUCCCAUGAUAUGAUGGAGAGGCAGAGAAGUUUCUCCUUGAUGAAACACACUAGAUUCUUGGUGUUUUCUUUCACCAUCUCCUCCUCUCUAAUCUUUCUUGCCGGUCUCUCCAUCUGGCUCAUCAACACUGCCCCUUCACUCCAUCAAGAAACCCAUUUUCAGUUCAACAAACCCUCAUCUCUUACCACCAUUACAGAUCUCAAACCCUCAACUACUACUGUUCAGACUUCUUUCACUGGUGUGGGUAGAGAUUUUUCAGCAAACCAAGUGUCAAAUUCAAUUCUGUUGGAUGCCCAUUUCACUAGUCCUGAAAAUAAUUCAAGAUUUCAAAGUGGGACGUCUCAAGUUUCAGAUGAUGAAACUGUUCAAAGAGGUAAUUUUACAGGUUUUAGUGCGAAAUUAUCUACAGCCAACGAUGGUGGGAAAAUUACCACUCUGGCCGGGACCCAUCUCAUAAAUCCUGAAAAUGCUUCUUCUGAGUUUAACAGUACCAGUACUGAUUCAAUUUUCAAGGGGCUUCAAAGAAAACAAAGUGAGUCGUCGUCGUCUCAAGUUUCAGUAAUUGGUAGUAAUUUCAGAAUCAGGCAACAUAAUGCAUCCGAGGUUUCAAGUCAUGAGAGAAAUAAAAGAAAUUGUGAUGUUGCAAAGGGGAAGUGGGUUUUUGAUGAUAACUCCUAUCCUUUAUACACAAAUGGUUCAUGCCCCUUUAUUGACGAAGGCUUUAAUUGUCAAGGUAAUGGGAGAUUGGAUCAAGGCUACAUCAAGUGGAGGUGGCAACCACAAGACUGUACCAUUCCAAGGUUCAAUGCAACAAAAAUGCUGGAGUUGAUGAGAGGGAAGAGGAUAGUAUUUGUGGGCGAUUCCAUUAACAGAAAUCAAUGGGAAUCCAUGUUAUGUUUAUUAAUGGGAGCCAUCAAAGAUCCAAAAAGAGUAUACGAGACACAUGGGCGGAGAAUCACCAAAGAGAAGGGAAACUAUAGUUUCAAGUUUGUGGAUUAUCAAUGUACAGUUGAAUACUAUGUGACCCAUUUCUUGGUUCAUGAGAGUAAGGCAAGGGUUGGCAAGAAACGGGUGCAGACAUUACGAAUUGAUGCUAUUGAUAGGGGCUCAUCAAGAUGGAGAGGAGCUGAUAUUCUGGUCUUCAACACUGCACACUGGUGGACACAUUAUAAAACCAAAGCUGGGAUCAAUUACUACCAGGAGAGGGACCAAGUUCAUCCUCGUCUUGAUGUUUUGACAGCUUUUCAAAGAGCUUUAACAACUUGGGCGUUAUGGGUUGACAAGUAUAUCAACCCAAGAAAAACCAGAGUUUUCUUUCGAAGUUCAUCACCUUCCCAUUUCAGAGGAGGUCUAUGGAAUUCUGGUGGUCACUGCAGAGAAGCUACCCAGCCCUUGAAUGAAACUUUAUUUGUCAAUUACCCCGAAAAGAAUAUUAUUGUUGAGGAGGUGUUAAGGAAGAUGAAAACUCCUGUAACCUACUUGAAUAUAACUAGACUGUCAGAAUACAGGAUAGACGGUCAUCCAUCUGUAUAUGGAAGAAAGUCCCGAAACAGCUACUCUUCAAGCAUUCAGGAUUGUAGUCAUUGGUGCCUCCCAGGUGUUCCAGAUAUUUGGAACGAGUUGUUGUAUUUUCAUUUGCAAUUGAAAAGCAGGGAGAGUUUUGCAGAGUGAAGUGAUUUUUAUUUAUUUUUCUUAUAUAUUUUUUAUGAAGUGAUUUGUAUCUCUCAACUAGCACAUUUUUUUUCAUUUGUUUUUCCCUGUUGGGCUAGAAGGGGGUUAUUGCUCGUGCAACCUUUCCAGUCAUCAAGUAUUCUAACUGCUUGGCAUUGUGGCUCCUAAAA